AAGUGCAGGACUAAAUUUUAUAUGGCAACAACAAAACAAUAACAAUAUGGAGGCAUUCUAAAUAGUUAAUAGUAGAUAUGAGCAUUUAAAUUGUAAUUAUAUAAAGGCGUUUUUAUUUGCUUUAGAAAAUGGAUUUUCUGGGAUCACUGUUUUCAAGAAAACCCAAAAAUGCACAAAAAGAAAGUGAAUCAAAUGACACUAGAGAUGAAAAGGAAGUAGUUGAAAAGAAUGAUAAACCUAAAAGGGAAGAGAAGUCAUCAUCAAGAGAAAGUAUCAUACAGCAGAAUGAUGAUAGUAAUGAUGAUAACAAUGAAGUUGAUGAAGACUUUGAAGCAGAAGUGGAUGACCUCAUUGAAGAUAGCGAUGAAGAGGAUGAAUCAAUUUCAAGUGAAGAUGAAAGACCUGAAUGGAAUCAACCCAAAAUAAGAGGGGCAAGACCACCUCAUCCAUUGACUGUUACACAUGUCAAUCAGACUUCAGAUUUGCAGAGAUUAAAAAAUAUAGCAACAACAGGUGAUGCAGAGAAGCAGAGUUCUGAGGAAUGGCUUAUCUCCCAUAGCAUCUCACAUUUAAAAAUUAGUUUAAAAGAUUUAGUGGAUAAAGGAAAAAUUGGACGCCUUCAUCCUGAUCAGCAGACUGGCAAAGUUACACACCACAUUCAGUUUGAUGCUUAUGAUGUUAAUGAAUUUGAAUAUAAACUAAACCUGGCAAUAGAAAUGUAUACAAACAGAAUCAAAUGGUUGUUGCAAGGAAGUAAAAGGAUGUUUGGUAAUGUAAUGGGUAAAAGAGUGGCCUUAUGUGUGGAUACAUCAGAUGCCAAUUUGGGAUUUGGGAGGCAAACAGCUUUUCAAGAGUCUCUUCUUCACUUAAUAGAUGAGCAGCUGUCCAAUCGAGGAGGUAUUUACUUGGCCAACUUUGGAACGGAAGUUGAAUCCUUGUGGCCUGUGGUUAGAGAUGUUAAUUUUUAUAUUGUGGAAGAGGCCAAAGACUGGACCAUGAAACUCCACAGCUCAGGUGGCACAAAUCUCCUGAAGGCCAUGAAACAUGUGAUGAAGAUACCAGCUCUUGAUUCUAUUGUUUUAGUGUUAGGAAGUGUCCCCGAUCAACCAUCUGAUAUACUGUGUGACUUUAUAUAUCAGAUGGGAGUUGGAAAGGGAAUAGUUCUCCACACAGUGGCAUAUGAUUGUAGCAACAGUCAAACUAAUGUUACCUUGAAAAAAUUAGCAGAAUCUUCAGGUGGCAGAUAUCAUUGCUAUGCUGCUAGUUCUGAGGAACAAAUCUACACCAGUACAGAUAUUAGUCUGCUGCUGGCUGAGAUAAGAGAAGCCCAGGAAAUUAUCAAUAAGAUAAAAGAAAUGAGACAGGGAAUGAUGGGAAGUGCUAUUAUUAGCAUAAUGAAUGAGAUAACAACUGAGGUGGCCAAACUCCCACACUCACGCUUCCUGCCUCGGCCACCAGGCCAUGACCUUCCUCUCAGGCUGGAUGUGCCAAAUUUUCACCCCAGAACUUCUCAGGAAUGGCUGAAUCAACAUGGUCUCAAAGCAAGAAAGCUGGACCUUUAUCAAAUUCUAGCUCCUAAUGCUUACUCCUACAGAGAAGAGUUUAUUCCAGUGAUUAAAAAAGCUGUACAAUCACAAGUACAUGAGAAAGCCAUGGUCCAGUUUACUUGGCAUGACGGGUCACUAAAGAAUCUUCACGUAGACAUGACUCAGUUGUUUGAGUAUCAGAAGCAGCUCAGUGAAGCUGUGACCCUGUAUGAGAAGAGAAUUGACUGGCUGGCUUCUGGCAGUCGCAGGCUCUUUGGGUCAGUCUCUGAGCACAACGUUGUUAUCCUUGUUGACACCUCAGUGAGUAACCUCAAUUAUCUGAUUCACAUUCAACAUUCACUUCGUCUGUUGAUGGAGGAGCAGAUCGCCAACAAAGAUUACUUUAACAUAAUUGCAUUUGGCAGUAAGACCAGGGCUUGGAUGCCAACUAUGGUUCGACCUACAGCAGAAAAUUUACAAAAAGCUUGGAAGUGGGUGCUUGAAUUACAAUGUGGAGGCAGUCGCAACUUUCUGUCUGCGUACAGAACAGCUGUAGAGAACGAUGAGGAGAUCAAACAUAACAUUUUUGUGCAAGGAGUUUACUUGUUCACCAGUGGCAUCCCUGACCAGGUGCCUGAGGUUGUCACAAGCUACAUAGAAGAGGCCAGCUCUGGGAGGAAAGUCAAGCUGCACACCAUUCUGUUCAAUGUGGAUGACUAUGAUGCUAAUGGGGCAAUCCCUGGUCGCUAUGCCAACAUCACCCGCACAGCUGAAUGCCUGAGGAAUAUGGCCCAUAUCAGUGGAGGAAGAUUUCAUUGGUUCAGAGAGACUGGCAUCAUAGAAAAUGAUGACAUACAAGCUAUAAACUCAGAGAUAGACAAGGCUCUGAAUUUCUCCCGCAAAUGUGCAAUGUUAGUUCAGUCAGUCAAGAAAAAGUACAGAAACAGAUAUCAAGGUCAGCCUGACAUGAAAGCCAUUCAAAGCAAAUCCUCCCAGAGACACAUGCACUGCAUACCCCAACCAGAAACACCAGCACCAUUCAUGGCACUACCAGCCCCAUCACCACCAACAGUGGCACCAACAAAAUAUAUUUCUUAUGGUAGUUCCAGUCAGCAGGCUGGAGAUUCACCAGACAAAGUUACACACAGGGCCAUUUCUUACAGACCUUCUAGUGCUUGUAAUAAUGUCAACCCUAAAGAAGGAAAAUCAAUCAGUUUACACCAAAGACCAUCCUCUGCAAGAGAUCCCAUGCUGAGAGUUAGAAACUUACAGCGAGGUCAAAUGUCAACUCAGCACUUCUUUUUGGAAAAUAAAAAACAUGACACAGGGGCUGUGAUAAACAAAUAUUCUCUGCAAAAAUCUGUCAGAAAAAAAAUUCCCCACCUGACUUUACCAGAACAAGAGGAUUCCAUCACAACAAAGGAGUGGCUUCGUGUGUUUAGUCUGAACAAACUGAAACUUGACCUAAAUAAAAUGGUGUCAGGACCAGAUUGUAAACAUGAAGAGAAAAAUGUCAAAAUUCUAAACAAAGCUAUAGCAGCCAAAGUAUACCCUGAUGUCUUUCCAACUGUAAAUGUGAAGGGAACAAUGAAGUACAUGCAGCUCUUACCCCAUGAGUUAGAUGAAUAUGAGACACAACUAGAGAAAGUUUUAAGGCGCUAUUUAAAGAGACUUCAGUGGCUCCUAAGUGGAAGUCGUAGGGUGUUUGGCACAAUAGUUCACAAGCAUGUGGCAUUUUUAAUAGACACAUCCGGUUCUAUGGAGCCAAAGAUUGGGGAACUAAAAAAAGAACUGGCUACUCUAGUGUGGGACCAGCUACAUAAACUUGAUGUUUCGUUCAACUUAAUCAGUUUCUCCAGUAAAUGUUUAGUUUGGAGAGAUGCUGUUCAGAAACCUACAGAAAAGAACUGCCAUGACGCCAUUAGAUGGGUGUCAGAGCUUUUACCCAAUGGCAACACCUGUACAUUAGAAGCUUUACAACUUGCAUUCCGUGACCCUGACAUCGAUGCUAUUUAUAUACUGACGGAUGGCAAACCAGACACAAGCACAUCCCUGGUCUUGAGAGAAGUGGCAAAGAUGAAUGAGAAAAGGAAUUUAACUGUCAAUACAAUAUCUUUCAACUGCACUGACAGCACAGCAAACAACUUCAUGAGGCUGCUAGCCACUGAGACUGGAGGAAGGUAUCAUCGCAUCCAUGAAGAUUUUGAUGCUCAACUUUUUAUCCAUAAACUUCUGUCUGAAGGUUUUGAUGACUGUGAGUACCCUCACUUGCCAACAUUUGAAGGAGACGAUCUAAGGAAGUUGGGGGCAGAAAUAUCACAAGCUCGCAAAUAUUUGCAGCAAGCAAGAGUUUACAAAGCACUGUACAAGGCUAAAGCCACUCAGGGGGCAGAGAAGGCAAACACCAUCAAACCUGGGCCAGCACCAUUUCUAGUGGGCAAGCCAAGAGUGAUUCCAGCUUUAAAAUGUUAGCCUAUGCUUCUGUACAUGCUCAAUGUUUCACAUGUUAUUUAUUUUUUGUAGGAUUUGAUGUUAGAUUUUUAAAGCCAAAUUAUUAAAAAAAAAACAGAAUUGUAUAAGUGAAUGUAAAAUGUUUUUAAAGUGCACUAAUAUACUGCUCAGGCAGAACUUCGUUAAUUUCUGGAUACAAUUCUUAUUAUCCUUUGUUGAGUUCAUGUAGGCCUAAUGUUUGUAUGUAAAAAAAUCAUUUUACCAUAGUGCACAACAAAAACACACCUAGUAGUGUCUGAUUGGAGAAAUAAAAAAAAAAAUAGUCUAAUUAUCAUUCCUUCAGAGGUUUAGAUUUAAGCCUAUAGACAAAUAGUGGGGCAGUGAGACAUUUCUGCAGCCUUAUUUUUAACUCUAUUGGUUUUAGGUUGUGAUACAUGAGAAAAAAUAGGUGGAUUGUACCACCUGAAUUUUUAUGGCCCUUCUAAGAAAUGGUCUUUUCCAUUAGUGGUUUUACCCUUUUGACAUGAAAUAAUUUUCUUUGACAAAUCUUACAUUAUUACUGCAGUUAUGUAGAUAGCAUUUUAACUUAAUUUCUCAAGUAAUGCCAAGUGUGGUGGCAUAGCUUGUAGGUGCAGGGUCACCUACAAGCUAUGCCACCACACCAAGUGCCAAUAUUUACUGUUGUUACUGUACAAUGCAAAUUUUAUGUUAUUUAUAAUACCUGUUAUUUAACUUCAAUGUCAAUUUAUGCUAGAUUUUUACACAUUUUAAAAUAAUAUAUUCUUUUAGUAAUGUAUGUUUUUAAACAAUUAUAUAAAAAACAAAAAAACUAUAAAAUCAUUACUCUGCACAGCUGUUAAGCAUAUGAAUGACAAUUUUAACAAUUAUUUUAAAGUAUUUUCAUGUUGUGUUUGUCUCUAUGUUAAUACUUGUUUUUUUUUACAAGUGAUACAAUUUACCAUUGGUGUAGACUACAUAGUGGUUAACACAAUCUGAUCCAUUGGUCAGUUUCUUAUUAGUGUAUUUUUUAAUGGAAGAUCUCAUUCUAAUCUUGGUGGAUUCUAAGUUAAACAAAGAAAAUUAUAUAACACAAUAAUGUUUUUAUGAAUGUUUUUGUCUGAAAGAAUCAAUAGGCCUACAUUUUUCUUCAAACAUAA